UAUAUUAGAAAGAUUGUCUCGAUGCAGCAGCAGUCAAGUUUCGGCUUUCAACAUGUAACAUUGUGAAUUAGUAUUUCAUUUUGGUUACUAACAAGACGACAAAUAGAAACAUUCGAAAAACAAAUUGAUCACGAAAAGUUGCAAGUACUUUAAAUUUUCAUAAAACUAUAUAGUGUACAGUUCAACGGUGAUACAUAUAUAUAUCGAAAUGAUGUAUGUGAUUGCUUUGUCGGUGAUAGUCGGUGCUUUAAGCUUUUAUUAUUACUUCUACAAGAAUCUAAAUCGUUUUAAAAAACAUGGCAUACCUUAUAAAUCGCCUCUGCCUAUAGUAGGAAAUAUGGGACCAGUAUUUCUCCGUCUAAAGUCAAUGGUCGAUAUUAUCAAAGAUAUUUACAAUAUAAAUUCUGAAGCCAAGUAUGUUGGUAUGUUUGAUAUGACCAUUCCACUUGUGAUGAUACGCGAUCCUGAGCUUAUUAAAUCCAUCACGUUGAAAAACUUUGACAUGUUCAUGAAUCAUCGUAGUUUUGUGGAUGAAGAAUUAGAACCAUUAUUUGGUAAAAAUCUGUUUUCUCUUCAUGGAGAGAAAUGGCGGAAUAUACGAUCUUUAUUAACUCCGGCCUUUACGGGCAGCAAAAUGAAAAGCAUGUUUAAACUAAUGUCAGAUUGUGGCAGCGUCUUCAGCAAUUACUUAGUGCAAUUACCACCGGAGAAGAAGAUAAUACAAACAAAAGACGUUUUUACCAGGUAUACUAACGACGUGAUUGCUACUUGCGCGUUCGGCAUCAGUGUAGAUUCCAUGAAAAACCCGGAGAACGAGUUCUAUGUAUACGGUAAAGAAGCGACCACUUUUGAUAUUGUUGCCGUUAUAAAGCUGUAUAUAUUUAGAAGCUUGCCUUUGCUGGCACGAUUGAUCAAUUUAAAAUUUAUCCGUAAGCAGAUAGCAGAUUUUUUCCGAAACCUCGUAGAAACCACCAUAAAAACCAGAGACGAAAAUGGAAUUGUUCGUCCAGAUAUGUUGCAAUUAAUGAUGGAAAACAGAGGUAAAGAGAGCAAAACGGAAUUGACUAUCGAUGAUAUGGUAGCACAGGCAUUUAUCUUUUUCUUCGGUGGCUUCGACAGUACUUCAACGUUAAUGUGUUUUGCCGCUCAUGAAAUUGCCGUAAACCAAAAUGUACUAGAAACAUUACAAAAAGAAGUUGAUCAGGUCUUAGAAGAAACAAACGGAGAAGUAUCUUAUGAAGCAAUUAAUGGGAUGCAAUAUUUGAAUGCUGUGUUAGAAGAAGCUCUCAGGAUGUAUCCAGUUGCCCCAGCACUGGACAGAUUAUGCGAAAACGAAUUCGAGCUGCCGCCGACGUUACCAGGAUUAGAAUCAUUUACUAUAAAGAAAGGCGAAGCUAUAUGGGUGCCAGUUUAUGCACUUCAUCAUGAUCCAAAAUAUUUCGAGGAUCCGGAAAAAUUUGAUCCUGAACGAUUUCUUGGUGAACGAAGGAAGGACAGUCUUAAUUGCGGAGCCUACCUUCCUUUCGGCCUUGGUCCCAGAAUGUGCAUAGGUAACAGAUUUGCGUUGCUGGAGACGAAGGUCCUGCUGUUCCAUCUACUAGCCCGUUGCGAUUUAAAGACUUGUGAGAAAACACCAAUGCCACUCAAGAUUGCUAAGGAUGGCUUUAAUAUGAAGCCUGAAGGAGGUUUCUGGCUAAAGGUGUUACCAAGGAAAAAUGUGCACCACACUCUUUCAGAGAAUCUUAGCAAUGGAAUACACUAAAAAUCAAAUGGAACCAAAAUAAACAUGAAAUAGGAUAUUUCUUCGAUACUUUCAAUUGUUCGCCAAGAAGGUACCCUUAUCGCUGCAGUUCAAGAAAUGACAAUAUUCUUGCAUUAAAACAUUCUUGUAUUAAAAAUAGUUCUAGUAUAUUAAACACAAUCAUAUUAUCUAUCGUAAGUUUUCUCGAUGAGGUAAAAAAGGAAGCUUGAAUUACAGUUUAAUUAAGUACUGUUCCUUAUCUUGCAUUAUUCUCAUGUUAUUAUUGAUCAAUAUUAAUGGUUUUUGUUAAUUAUGUAAUAUAUUGCUGUUUUGUUAGUUUUUUAUUAUGUUUUUAUUAUGUUUUUAAAGUUUUUUAAAAGUAUUUUUUAAAUUUAUUGUAUAAAGAUGAAUUAUACAUAAGCAAGUACGUUAUUGAAAAUAUCUUAGGCUAUUAUUCAAUUACAAUCAAAAACAAAAUUUAAUUAUAUAAAAGUAUAUAAAAAUACAAAAAUGUUAUAUAAAAAUAAUAACGUUAGAAUAAUGAAAAAAUUAUUUUAUUACAAAAUGUUUUUUGACUAUGUUGUUUAACCUUCUUUAAUCUAUGCAUCUAUAUGUAUAUAAAAUGUACAUUUUUUAAUAUUGUACAUAUAAUAUUUAUUUUAUUAAAUUAAGAUCUAAAAAAUAA